AAGGAAAAGGAAGAAGGAAGGAGCAGAGGUGGGAAGAGGGAAAUAGAAAGGUGAAAGGAGAGAGACAGAGAGAGAGAGAGUGCAAAGAGGAGGAGAGAGGGGAGGAAGGAGGAGGGGAGAGAGAGGGAGCACAUGGCACAAAACCAUCCAGGCCACGCAUAUGAGCACCACAAACAGAAACUUAAAUCACCUAUGACAACAACAACACAACUCUGCAGUACGGCUUGGAGGUCUGAUGGGACACUUGUGAGGAAGCCUGCUGUUUACGCAUUGCACACAAACACAGCUGCAAGUCGCCGCCGCUGCUCCACCGAUACGCUCUAUCUGCUCGCACUGCGUCUGCACAGCCUGGAGGUCCAUUGAGAUGAUUUGGACUGCGUUCCUUCUCUGUGCUCUUUUUUCUCGAACACGCACAUCCCCGACUCCACCCCCCUCCGCUCUUACCUCUUCCCCCUGCCUCAUAUCCAGUUCUGGCCUCUUUGCCGACUGCCUGGGUCAACAACUGGACUCUGUUCCCUGGCACCAACUUCCCACCACUCUAGAGACAAUUGACCUAUCAUACAACAAACUCACUGCAAUACAUGCCGAGGACUUUUCACAAUUUCCAAACCUCCGUGUCCUCCUGUUAACCUUCAACAACAUAUCGCACAUCGAUGACAACGCCUUCCUGCAUAAUCCAAUCCUCGAGAACCUUAACAUUUUUAAUAAUUCCCUUCAUGAAAUCCCAGCCAAAGCACUACAGCCGCUCUCAAACUUGAAAAUCCUGUUCAUGUCUAACAAUCUCUACAAAAGCGCUAAACUAGCAGAAAGCUUCGCAAACUUUGCCAAACUUCAAGUAUUGUCGCUAGGUGGACAUUUGGUGAUGGGGCUCAAAAAGGGCGAUUUUGAACCUCUUAGAAAUAUUUCACUCCAAACUUUUGCGAUAAGAUGUUCGUCCAAUCUAAGCUAUUACGAACGUGGCAGCUUAGAAGUAAUCCAAACAAAGCAAAUGGGUUUCGAUAUGGCUAUAGACACACAGCCGAACGCCCUGCUCGAUAUGCUAGGUGAUCUUGCUAACAAGAGCUUCACCGAUGUAAAGUUCCGCAAUCUCUUCGAGUUCACCUACUACACAGGGGUGGAGGACAUUUUCCAAGGAUUAGUAAACGUUACAGCGCACAGACUCAUCUUUUACAGGGGGAAGUUUAACGAGAAUCUUCUGAGGAUGCUCCUGCUGAACCUCCAGAAAACACCAAUAAAAAGACUGAGGCUGCAGUACAUUGACUUUGCCCGCUCGCCUUCAUUUUCUGACAGCGGGGCAGAGUCCAGCAUCACAGACCUCAAACUGGAUCGACUGGAUCUCUGGUACAUAAGUAAUCCAGACAUUCUUCGCUUUGAUUGGCGCUUCACGUGGCUUAAUGGGAUCAGACAGCUGUCCAUCCAGCAUGUAUACCUUAACUUCGCUCCAUGUGAUGCCUGGCUCGAGAUGAGAGACGUGGAAAUUUUGGAUGUUUCCAACAACCGCCUGAGGGACGAGUACAUCUACAAUCGCCGCUGUGUCUAUAAAGGAACCCUGCCCAACCUCCGCACUUUCAACCUCACCAACAAUGAGCUUACCAGCCUCAGAGACCUAUCGUCACUGACCAGAUACUUUAAUCGAAUGGUGGUGAUGGAUGUUAGCAACAACAAGCUAGGUUCUGCCGCCUACAGUUCUGGAUGUAUCUGGCAUCAAAAUAUCACUCGCUUCAUUGCUCACCAUAAUGAGUUUGUCAGUGAGGCUCUGCUUUGCCUGCCAACCACCGUGGAGUACCUAGAUCUCUCCUACUGCAAUCUGGACCAGUUGGAAAUGACGUUCUUUGAGAAAGCUACAAACCUCAAAGAACUGCUCCUAAGUGGUAACAAAAUCAAGUACAUCCCACCAAGUUGGAAAAGUCCGUCUCUUCAGUCUCUGGAGCUAGAUGGAAAUUCUUUUGGUGUGAUAACGAUAGACUCCUUCCAAGAGAUGCCUUUGUUGUCUUCUCUCAAAGGGGGAAAUAACCCUUACCAUUGCACGUGCGAGCUGCAUGCAUUUGUAGAGAAUACCAUGUCAAAAGAAAAGGUCAACCUGACGGACUGGCCAUGGAACUACCACUGCUACCAUCCCCAGCCUCUGCUCAACACGCUCAUCUCCAAGUAUUUUCCAGGGCGUGUGGCUUGUGACAUCAGACUGGUCAUCCUCAUCUGUGUGGCUACUACUGCUGUGGUCAUCAUUAUACUGAUGGUCAUUUGUUACAUCUUCGACCUGCCGUGGUACACCAAAGCCACAUACCAGAUCAUCCGAGCCAAGUACAGGGCAUACCAGGAGAGCACGACCGAGGGGGUGGUCCUGUUUACGUACCACGCCUUCAUCUCUUACAGCCACUCAGACGCAGAGUGGGUGAAGGAGCAGCUGUUGCCCGCACUGGAGGGCAGCAAGGACCCUUACCGCCUGUGCAUCCAUGAGAGGGACUUCAUGCCCGGCAAGUGGAUAAUCGACAACAUCAUCGAGAACAUUGAAAACAGUCGCAAGGUCAUCUUUGUUCUUUCGCGGAACUUUGUCAACAGCGAGUGGUGCAACUACGAGCUGUACUUCGCUCAACAGCGGGCCAUGGGCAAAUCCUUCACAGACGUCAUCCUGGUUGUCAAAGAGCCCAUCGACCCCGGCUCGCUGCCCAACAAGUACUGCAAGCUCCGCAAGAUGUUGAGCACCAAGACGUACCUGGAGUGGCCUCAGCAGGUGAACCAGCAGGCCUUCUUCUGGGCACAGCUCCGGAGCGUGCUGGGGAGGCCUUCUCCAGUCAGGUCGAGGAGCUUCAGCCUGAGGAGCCUCAGCCUGAGGAGCCGGUUGCGUUCGGAGGAGAACCGGCCGUUGGAGAGUAAUGGUGGACUGAGUGUGGCUGUUGUAGGAGAGCCUAGAAGUACAGAGCAGAAUAGAGGUGAGGAAGAGGUUAAUCAAAGGCAAAUGCAGCUACCUGUGGCCGGACCCUGAAGUGUGACUGGAUGAGUGAAUACCUGAUGAAACAUACAUGUAACACUAAUCCUCCAGCUAAGGUCGUGCUGACCAAGCCUCGCUCAAGGUCUGGAGAUGGGUCCUGGACGCUAGGCCUGUCAUGAUAAUGAUAGCUGGAACAACAUACUGUCAUUGUCAUUGAGGGUCAGUAUUUAAUCUGUGCAGGACUGCACCAAUCUGAUACUAGUAUUGAAUAUCAGCGGCGAUACUUCCAAGAAUCGUUUCAGCAGAUAUCUUGGCUGGAAAUAUAAAUUGAUGUAAUAAGACUAUUUACUGGUUAUAGGUGACUCCCUACAGGACAACUUUGUAUAAAUAAAAAUUCUUCCUGAGAGAUAAAUAACAGCCACGUAACACAUUUACAUUAAGUUGAUAUCAGGGAUCGGCAAAUCCUUAAAGCCAGUGAAUCGAAAUCAGUAUUGGAAUUUAAAAAGCUGGAUCGGUGGAUCCCUAAAUGUGUGUACAUUUUCUUUGCAAUAGCGGGGAGGCGUUUGCCAUUUUCUAAUGUAUUACAGUAAGAUUUGAGCUGUAGAGGAUUGAUUAAGCAACUUAUCUAUAGCUUAGCUAACUUAGCUAAUAAUUGGUCCAUUCAGCUAUUUAUUUUCUGCAUGCAAUGCCUUUUAAUGAUACAGUAUAUUUGGUUCAAAAUGUGUUAUCGUGGCAGGCCUGGUGGACACUGCUCUUGACAGGUUGCCUCAGCGACAUUGAAGGAUGGGUCAAAUGCCCCUUGCAUUGAUGCAAAAUAAAAUCUAUCUAAACUUUUCACUUACUAUAGCCAAUGUAAAAGCAGAGGGUUUUUGAUACAUUAGCUAAAAACAAAUGCUGAAGUUUGUAUGUUACACACUGAUGUUUAUACUGAUGAGGAGACGAUAUGGAGCCUUACAUGGCGGAAGGUCUGUCUUUACUCGGAUUAUUUUUAAUUUGUAUCAAAUUAAACAAAGAUUUAAUUAUUGUUUUUGUAACAUGAUGUUUAUAUUAAAUGUCCUGUCUAAUCUCAAGUUGAUAUGGUGCUCAACAGUCCCGCUCACUCUGAAGUCCACUCUGGUUACGGAAGUAAAAUUUCCAUAAUUUUUUUAAUAGACUUCAAAAAACUGUAAUAUUAAGAUUUCAACGGCAUCGUGGAGGCUAACCAGCUGCGUGGUAACUAAUAUCCAUAACGUGGUUCUUUUAAGUCCAAAAAGCACAUUUGAAACACAAGAUGUGGCAAAUGUUUUAAUAACUUUGCAGUUUAAAAAGUUUCAGAAACUGAUUUUAAAUACAAUUGCAGGUCUUGUAAUAAUAAUAAUAAUAAUAAUAAUGGCUUACACUUGUAAUGUGCUCUUUCAAAGCCUCUCAAAGCACUACACUAUAGUCAUUAUUCAUUCAUUUCACACUUGGUGAUGGUAAGCUACUAUUGUAGCUACUGACGGAAGCGAGGCUGCCAAUCAUCGCCAUCGGCCCCUCCGACCACCACCUAUCAUUCGUGCACACACCACUUUCAUACUAGGCAAUGUGGGUGAAGUGUCUUGCCUAAGGACACAACGACAGAACUUGGUCCGAGCGGGACUCGAUCCUCCGACCUUCGGGUUGGGGGACCAACACUCUAACCAACUGAGUCACUGUCGCCCUUGUGUCAUUAAUUACCACAUAGCUCAUUAGCCCUGAGCAAGCUUCUAACUUUAUUUAUUUAUUUAUUUAUUUAUUUUGUACAGUGUAUGGGAAAAAUUAAUGGGAACUUGUUCUGGAACCAGGGGGUGGGUGGUCACUGCUGAGCUUCAUAGACGAGGUUAAGUUGGGAAUCGUUAGCCUUCUGGCAUAAUUCCCAGUAAGUAUUUUUUCAAGGUUUUUGAGACAGUAAAAAAAUGAAGUUCUGUCAACAGUCAAUAAGAUGACUGGGGAGUGGAAAGAAAUCUUUAAUGGCAAAGGAUGAAGCUAAUGUAACACCUACAGCUACAGCUGAGUCAGGAGAGUGGAAUGAGACAGAAAAAUUGAUUUUGCCCAAAAAAUUACUUCACCAGCCUCAUAACAUGACUGCCUGGGUGUUUCCAUUAACUGCUGACCUGGCCUUGCCAACAUUCAAUUAAAGGUUACAAACUGAAAGUAGCUAUUGAAUUUACAAUCAAUGUGAAUAUUGCAAUUAACUUUCAUAACAACUCACUGAAAGAAUGUGAAUGCCAUUUGAAUGGGCAGAUAUAUUUUUGAAAUAUAAAAUUUUCAGAGGUGGGUAGUACUCAUUUACUUGAGUAACUAACUUGAGCAAUUGUACUUUUCAGAGCACAUUUCUAGCAGCAUAAUCCUACUUGAGUAAUAUUUUUAUUGGAGCAACAGUACUCUUACUUGAGUAAACGUUUUGGUUACUCAUCCCACUGUGAGUAAGUGACAAAAGCUUUAUGUUGACAAUAUGAAAUGAUUUUUAACAUUUGUGUUUCUUGCCAAGUUUUGUUUUGUUUGUCAAGUUUUUGUGUCAGUCCUUUUUCUAUUUUGUGCAUUAUUUAAUAUUUUGUCCUUCAAAUUACAUUAACCUUAAAGUUCCUAUAUUAUGCAAAUUUGACUCUUGUGAGCUUUAAGCCAUGUAAUAAUGUUGUUAGCUCCUCAAAAACAGACCUGGAGUUGUGUUUUGUUUCAUUCACACAUGUUUGAGUAUCACUUUAUUAUUAGUGUGUCUACAUCUACAAAGCUCAAAAUGCUCUGUUCCACCUUGUGAUGUAAUGAAACAGUAGUUUUGAAGUUAACAGCUCCUUUUAGCUUUUGUUUAGUAGAGAUCGGCAAAUCCAGCACUGAAAUGAUCCAAAUGCUUCUAAUAAAAGUGUAUUUACUUUAAAAACACAGUGAAGCACUUCCUGUAUUACCACAUGACAUCAUUAAGUGGAAUAUAAUGUUUUUUGUUUGAGAAAAGAACUCCUAUUUGUGUGUUAAACAUGUGUGAAUCAAACAAAAUACAACUCCGGGUAUGUUUUUGAUGAGGAAACAACAUUAUAACACAGAUCAGAAAACAGCGUAAUAUGGGCUCUUUAUUUACCAUUUAUUACAGAUGUUAUGUCCUGACAGUUACUCUUUAAGUUACUGCUACUUAGUCAUAGUUUUUUACACUUGAAUAAUUACUUGGAUCACUUUUCUUCUACUCCAGUAAUAUUAUUUUGAAGUAACAUCCCUCUUACUUGAGUAUACUUUUUGGCUACUCCACCCACCUCCGCAAAUUUGACAUUUGAUAUUAUAUUUGUAACAUAUGUUGAUUGUGUGUGAACUUCUCCACUGUGAGCUCAAUAAAGUUCUAUUUGAUCUU